AGGAGGAAGAUUUAAAAGUGAAUUCGUAGGCGGCGACAAGGAAACAGCAGCCGUGGCCGAGCGGACCCCAGAGCCCUUCCCUUCUCGGCCCUCCCUCUGAAUCAUCGCGCUCCACUUGUGACGUCGCGGACGCCCGGCUCGGGCAGGCGUGGGGGGCCCGCACGUCCCGGGAGCCCCGAGGCGGCAGCGCGCGUUUCCACGCUGCGGUGCCGCGGGAAAGCCGGAGGCGGAGGCCUGGCUCAGGCAGAGCUCGGAUCCGGUGCCGAGCCGAGCGGGACAGCGCGUCGCCUGGGCUUCGCCUUCGCUCGCGUGACCUCCGCCGUCCUGUCCAGCCCUCGUCCUCUGGCCGCGCGUGCGGCAGCAAGCCCAACACCCCUAGCCUAACCUCGCGCCCGGGCCGCGCCUCCUCCUCCCACUCCUCCUGCUCUCCUCCCCCGCCGCUUCCGUUUCUCGAGGGAAAGGCUGCUGCCUCCUGCUCUGUCUGCAUCCCCUGCUUAGGUCACACUCUGUCAUCCAGGCUGGAGUACAGUGGUGUGAUCAUGGCUCAUGCAGCCUUUACCUCUCAGGCUCAAGCAAUCCUCCCACUCCAGCCUCCCGAGUAUCUGGGACUACAGGCAUGUGCCACCAUCCCAGCUAAUUUUUAAAAUUUUGUAAAAAUGGAGUCCCACUAUGUUGCCCAGUCCUUCAGAGCUUAUAUCAUGUGGCCGAGUUUACAUACCUGAUUGGCAAAACAGACCCUAAGAACUAGCUCUCCUGUGUCCUAAGCAAGGCUCUUUCUACUGCAUACCCUGCAGGCCCAUCCAGGCCCAUCCAGGCCCAUCCAGACAAUAAAUACUGACGGCCCAGAGGGUGGGUGCCAAUUCCACCAGCAGCUGCAACUGAAAAGCAAGGUUCAGAAAUGUCAGAUAUCCUCCGGGAACUGCUCUGUGUCUCUGAGAAGGCUGCUAACAUUGCCCGGGCAUGCAGGCAGCAGGAGGCCCUCUUCCAGCUGUUGAUUGAAGAAAAGAAAGAGGAAGAAAAGAACAAGAAGUUUGCAGUUGACUUCAAGACGCUGGCUGAUGUACUGGUACAGGAAGUUAUAAAACAGAAUAUGGAGAACAAGUUUCCAGGCUUGGAAAAACAUAUUUUUGGAGAAGAAUCCAAUGAGUUUACUAAUGAUUUGGGGGAAAAGAUUACCUUGAGGUUGUGUUCAACAGAGGAAGAAACAGCAGAGCUUCUAAGCAAAGUCCUCAAUGGUAACAAGGUGGCAUCUGAAGCAUUAGCCAGGGUUGUUCAUCAGGAUGUUGCCUUUACUGACCCAACUCUGGAUUCCACGGAGAUCAAUGUUCCACAGGACAUUUUGGGAAUUUGGGUAGACCCCAUAGAUUCAACUUAUCAGUAUAUAAAAGGUUCUGCUGACAUUAAAUCCAACCAGGGAAUCUUCCCCUGUGGACUUCAGUGUGUCACCAUUUUAAUUGGUGUCUAUGACAUACAGACAGGGGUUCCCCUGAUGGGAGUCAUCAAUCAACCUUUUGUGUCACGAGACCCAAACACCCUCAGGUGGAAAGGACAGUGCUAUUGGGGCCUUUCUUACAUGGGGACGAACAUGCAUUCACUUCAGCUCACCAUCUCUAGAAGGAGUGGCAGUGAAAUACACGCUGGAAACACAGGCUCCGAGGCAGCAUUCUCCCCCAGUUUUUCAGCCGUCAUUAGUACAAGUGAAAAGGAGACUAUCAAAGCUGCAUUGUCACGUGUAUGUGGAGAUCGCAUAUUCGGGGCAGCUGGGGCUGGUUAUAAGAGCCUUUGUGUUGUCCAAGGCCUCGUUGACAUUUACAUCUUUUCAGAAGAUACCACGUUCAAGUGGGACUCUUGUGCUGCUCAUGCCAUACUGCGGGCCAUGGGUGGGGGAAUAGUAGACUUGAAAGAAUGCUUAGAAAGAAAUCCAGAAACAGGGCUUGAUUUGCCACAGUUGGUGUACCACGUGGAAAAUGAGGGUGCUGCUGGGGUGGAUCGGUGGGCCAACAAGGGAGGACUCAUUGCAUACAGAUCCAGGAAGCGGCUGGAGACAUUCCUGAGCCUCCUGGUCCAAAACCUGGCAUCUGCAGAGACGCAGACGUAGAGGAACUCUAACCCCGGUGUACAUACAUAAACUGAACUGUGAAACUGUUUCCGAUUAUCUCUGUCUUCUGAGGAUGGCUUUGUCCUGUUGCUGGUUAACAUUCACUUUCCUCUUUUGAGGAGCAUUUUUUCAUUAUGUAUUCAUAAUAAUGUUAAUUUCAAUAAAUGACAUUCAUGCAGUAAUUAUAUUGGUGUAUGAAAUUCUUACAGUGAAUAUUGUGCUGUUAGUGCUUGAAACACUUCAGUAAAAUAUUUGCCAGG